GCCGUAAUAAAAUCGAAAUAAACAGUAGCAGAAAGUAGGCCAUGGCGAGUGUUAGUCCACUUUAUUCACUGUCUUUUUCUGGAUCGUGCUAUAGGCAUUGUUUAUUUUUUUAGUGUACAAAUUAUUAAAUAUGGAAAUAGUUAACGUUGAAGACGGCCAGUCCGAUACGGCGGUGACAAGAAAAAAAAGUUUGUGGUCAAAAAUAAACAGUAGGACGACUUACAGUUAUUUAUUUAAUAUUGCUAUAUCGAUAUUGUUAGUUACGUGUUUAGUGUUAGUGUUAUAUUUCUUUAAGGAGUAUUUAAAAACUAUAUUGUACUGGGUGGAUGCUCAGGACCCUAAGAUUAUAUUUUUAUUAUUUAUGGGACUCUUUUUAAUAGUAAGCUUUCCCGUGACAAUUGGUUAUCUUGUGUUGAUUAUAACUAGUGGAUAUUUGUUUGGUAUCGUAAAGGGUCUAGGGACGGUUGUGGUGAGCGCAAACUUUGGAGUGGCUGUUGCACAUUUUACUUUAAAAAUGCUGAGGGGAUAUCUGCCUCUCGACAGACUCUUGAAGAACGAAACGGCAAGAGCUCUUCUCAAAGUGAUCGCCGGCCCGCAAGCGCUCAAGAUCGUGUUUUUUGCCAGGCUAACUCCAAUACCGUUCGGUCUUCAAAACACGAUAUUCGCUGUGAGUGAUGUCCGCGGCUGUGGUUAUCACCUGGCGACCAUGCUGGGCCUGCUGCCGGCCCAGGUCAUCAAUGUCUACUUGGGAUCGACGCUGCGGUCUAUGCACGACGUGCUUCACGAGUCACACGUUACGGGAUAUAUCGUGUUCGCUUUUCAGAUAUUGAUCGGCAUCACGUUGAUGGUUUGGGUGGUACAGAAAGCGAGAAAGGAGUUGACUAUCGCUAUAUUAGCGGCUGAGUUGGGACGCGAGACUUUGUCUACCAGUAGUUCCUCGAGCUAGCCCACGGCACGCUCGUCCGAUGCGGACAGCGUGAGUGACAGCUAGGGCUUCGCCCCCGGGUGCUUCGCCCGGCAGUGUGAGACGUACGUUUAGUGACACUCGCUCGACAGGACCUCGCCAAUAUACCACGGCGAUAUGUUCAUCAUCAUGGCAAUAAAGUGUACACAUGAUAACCCGCAGCUAGUCGACCCAACGACAGUGAAGUAACUGGCCACUGAGAGACCCCGGGAGGUCCUCCAACCUGUGAUAUUAAGAUUAUUAGUGUAGGAAAAGGUGUUAGGUGUUGCGAAGAAUGUAUUUUAUAAGUAAUUUACUGUCCGUCAGACGCGUCCGAGUCGAGCUGUUCCUGACUCGCCACGGAGUUUAUUAUAUUUCUAAAUCGCUGUCAAUGGAGUCGAUGCUUUGAUGUUAUCAUCACGUGCUUAUCGCUCUGGCAGAUGUCUGUCUCUGUUUAUCUUAUAGCUGAUAACGUGCUUUAAAAAUCUUUUUUUUUUUAUUUCUGCUCUCGACUUUGUUUGACACCAAUGAUUAUGCCAAUGAUAGAAUACAAGCCCACAACCUAUACCUUCCAAAGCCUCGGAAAUAAUACCAAUAUCUGAAGCUUCUUACUUAACAAACUACCAAAAAAAAAUCCAAUCUGGCUUGAGUGUUUCAUAUUUCUAAAAUACAACUUUAUCGUAUCAUCGAAAUGUGUGAAAAUUAACAAUUUUAACUAAACUAAUUGAAUAUCUUUAAAAUAUCUACCAGUCGACACUAGAUGUCUGUCGUACACGGCCUUGUCACUUGGAAUCCAAUUACGAAGACACAAAUAAGCUAACACAACCUUUUAACUACUGUCACAUCUGUGGUAACUCAAUUAUACAGGUUAAACAUAGAUUUAUUAAACAUUAUGAUAUAAUUUUAAAUUAAUCCUAACAGAAUGUGGGUAAUCUAACCGACGAUACCUUUUUGAAGGUAGUUGACAAAUUACACGCUUGAAUAAUUACGGAAUAAUAGAUGAAAAUAUAAUGAAGCGGUUAAUAUUCUAAUAACAAAUUAAAUUUUAAAAUUUAAUAAAUACAAAGUCAAAAUGUUGUAAUUAUAAUAAUUAACUGGCGUUAAUGUUUUACUAAAUUGCAAAACAAACACCAAGGUCAAUAUUCUGUUUGACUUUAUUCAUUGGAAUCAGUCCAAAGAAUGUCUUUGUUGAUGAAAUAAAAAUAUGUUAUAUUUAUCAUCUGUUAAAUAUUUUUUUGAACGAAGGAUUUUAACUCUGCUUCAUUUUACAAUGUUAACUCUUGCAGAUAGUUAUCAUAAAUAAUUUAUAUUAUUAUUUAUAAUCGUAAAGAAAUUUCGUUCUACAUUCAUUGAAAAUGUCAUUAAUACUACAUUCUGAAAAUUCAGUUCUAAUUUUAAAUGUAAGCGUAUUAUUUUAUUUACUUCUUAUUUUUAAUAAAGAAGGUAUAAAAAGUAAGAUGAAAAUAUUGCACGUUGUCAGCAUUUAAUUCAAUUUAAUACAAUUAGGUAAGAAGGACUCGCACUUUAUAUGAACUAAAAAUAUCAACCUCUUUAGAUGACAGUGAAAAAAAAGAACGAUCAAAAUACACCAAUGAGAUUCGCUUAUUCUAGAAACCUAAAAGUUACGGGUUGACAAAAUAAACGAAUGCUAUUGGUGGAUUUUACGUAGAUUUUUUUUCUCUUCGCAAAACUCCAAUGUAACGAUCGACGUGUAUUCAGUCUGUGUUCUUAGGGCUGCCAUCUGUUAGGUGAAUAGAAAACAAGUAAUAAUUAUUGGUGUAUUGUGAUAAAGUAUAUUGUCUACUGUGAGGUGUACAAUUGUUUAUAUGAUAAAUAUUAGUUGAUUAUAUCUUAUAAUGUAUUUAAAGUAACAACGGACAGCCCUUUGGAGAAUUGUAUUUAAUUACGACUAGCACUCAAAAUGUUGCCAAAUGACUUAAAUUAUGAUUAUGGUCGUUAGAGUUGCCAUGUGCCAUCAUAACGAAAGAUGUAAAAAAAAGUAGAAGGAAAUGAUUUUGGUAAUAAUUAUUAAAUUAUUGAAAAUUCUAUUACUUCAAUCAAGAUUUAUAUUUACAAUAAACUUAUUGAAAAAUGGGGCCAUAUUUCUUAAAAUAGUUAUAAAAAUGCAGCAAAAAUUAGAAAGAAAUGUUACUUUAUUGUACGUUCAGAAAUAUUUUUAGUAUUCUAUUUCUGUGUUUCAUACAUCUAAGAUAAGUCACUGGUCCCCUUCCCGAACGAUCCUAUUUAUUUAUUUUUUAUAUUAUAAUAGGUUACAAAAAAUAUUUUCAAUUAAUACAUUCAAUACGGGCGUAUUCAACACGGAAAGCAUUCAAUAGGAAAUUUCUAUAGUGCAAGAUGUAUACGGAAAAUAUCGAAUAAUUAAAUAAAAUAUUAUCUUUAAAUAAAAAAAUCUAUUGUUGAGUAAAACAGUUCAAUAUAAAAUGUCAUAUAAGCUCAUCUAAGUACAACUCAUCCAAAACCUGAUAUAUAUUUUUUUGUAUUUAAUCAUACUUGGUACUUCCUAUACUCAUAGUGCAAAAAAUAUUUAAUUUUGAAUAAUGUCUCCUGUACAGUUUUCUCUUUACUCUCUCGACCAUGGCCAUACUUUUAAAAAUUAAAUUAUGUAAAUAUAUUAUAUUCAUAAAUGUAGUAUUCGGUAUUCAAUCUUGUCACCGUGUUUUUUUUUUUAUUUAUUUCUUACAAUUUUUUUAAUAUUUAAUAGGCUCGUAAUUUCGAAUGUCAUAAAAAUGUCAACCGUCAAAAUGUAUUUUCGGAGGAAUGUUUAAAUUAUAUUCAUUACUCCUUUUUGUUUUUGUUAUUCAAUAUUACUAACAAUAUAUAUACAGUAUAAAGUAACGAGGAUAAAUAUUUAAUUAUUUCAAUUGUAUAUAAAAUGUAUGUUUAAUAAAACAAAUGUCGUAUCGAGUGUCGUGGGGUGUAAUGUCGUGUCGUGUCGUGUAAACGAUAUUACAUUAAUGAUGUCAAAAGAUGUGUUUUAAAUGUUACUAAAAUAUAAGAAGCAAUUUCAUUCAACGUAUUCAGCGCCUCGACUUCUUUGUUUAUUCGUAUUUGAUUCUUCCUUUUGACAUUCUGAAGACUGAUUUUAUAUGAAGAUUUAGACUUUUUUUAACAUUAUUUCUUUCUUUGUAAUCUUAUUGUAGAUUAUAAAAUAUAAUCGACAUCCCCGGUUCUUAUGUUUAUAUUAUAUUCGUUCUAUAUUUAAAAUCUGUGCCAUAACACAAUGACUUCUUAUAAUUUUCAUUUAUAUCGAAGCAGGUGCCAAAAAAUAUUUUAUUUCUAAUUUCCAUAUUAAUUUUAUAGUACUAAUAAAAUAUAUUAAUUUGUUUUACCGAUUCUUAAAUUACUAUCACACGAACAUCUGUAUUAUUAUUUGAGAUUUAAUCUACUUUUUCUAUACGUCACUUCCAUAUACUGUAUGUAUAAGAUCCAUGGUGCAAGUGAUAUUGCUAGUGCAAUUUUAUACUUAAUUCCUUAAAACUAAACUUUGUAUUGAAAUAAACGAUGCUUCUAAAGCUAAUAUAUGCUCAGUUUAAAACUAUUUUUGUAAUACUCUAGCGUAUAAUUGUGCAUUUAUUGUAAACGAAUUUAUUUUGUGUAAUUUUAAAAUAACCUAUUAAACGACUUCACUUGUCUGUUAAAAAAAUAAACAUUAUUAUUACACCUCG